AGUAGCACGUUGAGUACUGCAAGCGAGAAUUGUAAAUUGUGCAACAACGAAAUUAAAUGAGUGGCUAAAGUGUUGCGAAAAGUGAAAAUUAAAGAGCAACUCGAUUUAAAUCCAACUUCAAAAAAGCGGUGUUCCAACACGACGAUGCCGCCAAAAAAAGAAGAGCCCAUGUUGCGUUUGCAAACCUUUGUCUUUCUUUUAUUCAUAGCAGUAGCUGGCGUAAGMUGCCGCAAAAACCAGCUUGAAGAAACAUUCGACAUUCGAAAAAGCAGUCAGGACGAGCUAUUAAAUCGCCAAACAAGCAAAAAUGAUUCGUUCACUUCGUUUAAUAACAGUGAAAUUUCUAAAAUGAACGAUAAWAGUAAUCCAUUAGACAGUGUUGUUAUCGUAAGCAAUAGCUCUAAUUGGGAGACUGUGGUUGUCUCUAGCGAGAGGAAUAAUUUCAGUGAGAACACUGGUCAUGAUCACAACCAACUAAAUUUCAAAGAUGCUCCGCCAAGUUCAUACAGAARGCUGCCGCGCCAUCAGAGAGCGAUUGCCGCAGUUGCAGAGAAGAGAGGCCURCUAAAGAACUCCGAUGGUGAGCGUAUCCUACGACGUGGCAAAAGAUACUUGGAAUUUGCAAAGGGUUCACGUGUUUCGUGGCGCACAAAUGGCAAAAACAAUAUCCUAAAAAUCAAUACUCUUUGGGCUUAUGGAUAUGGAUUUCGUGUUAAUUUUCCCUUUCCCGGUCCCGAUGAGUCACGCCGUAAAUACUUUAAACGCGAUGUGCUACACUCACUCGAGGAUGUCCUAAACGGACACGGCUUGGAUGGACGGGCCUGCUUGUUGAAGUCAUAUUGUACAGCAACUUUGGAUGUAGACUCAAAUAUUAGUGGCGGUAUGCUCUWUAAAAUGCUGAAGCUGAUUUUUACCCUGCAUGACCAUGACAAACGCCACUUCUCCUAUCUGCGCCUAGAAAAUUGCAAACAAAUAUUACACAGCCAUUGUCCCCUGAGUUUCGACAGCAUAUCGCCGUACACCGAUGAUGUUUGAGAAUACACGAUUGCAAUGAAAUAAAUUGUUCACACAAAUGUUUGAUUGCGUGUAAAUAAGAGUUGCAAUAAAUUUGUUAUUUUUUGCAAAAUAAAAUUAAUUUUCACUAUUUUCAUCACAAGCGUGAUGUGAUAAAUCAACACAAUUAUUUAUGCACACACACGAAGGCAAAAAUUAAACAACAGCAAAUGGUUUUUUAGACAACAAAAAAGCUAUAGCCUAUUUAUGGGCGUUGAAAAGCAUGCAAACUACAAUAAAAUGGCAUAAAUGUAAAUGUAUGUGCGUGUUGUUGUUUAUUUUUUGCGGUUAAUCAAUGAAUGUGCAAUAGUUUGAAGGUCAAUGGGCAUUUUUUCUUGUUGUUAUUGUUAUCGAAUUUAAAAAAAUUCAAUUUUUUUGUGUGUGUAUUUGUGUGAGUUUUAUGCCUUCGGCGAAAUGACAAAUUAAUUUGCUGCAUGUUAAAAGCCAAAUUGAUUGAAAAUAAACAAUGCUAAUGGUUUAUGUUUGUUUGUGCAUACAAAUGUAGGUAUGUUUGCCUGAUUUGUUUUGCGAAGUUGCUUUUAUGGUUAUAUUUUUAUAUUUAUGUAUAUUU